UCCGCUCGACGAGCAGUGGAGUAGGAGUGAAAACCCGUACGGUGGUGCGAUCGCCACCGGCGGGGAGGAACUCCAGAGUGCCGAUGCUUUGGACCGCUACAAAAAUCCGCAGGAUAUUCUGGUCCUUUCCGCUAACAAUAAUCUCAUUUCGAUGUCGCAAAGCUCGUCCUUCGCUACGCAGCAACCGCCACCGGCCACCGCCGCUACCGGUGGGCCAGUGCUUCCUCCCUCCCUUUCAUCUUCGCCCAUCUCGUCGGUGAGUGGCGGUUCCCAUCAUCCAUCCCACCACCACCACCACCAUCAUCACGGUCCUCCGCAACCGGGUGCCGUGGCUUACCCGGUGCCGUGUGAAAUCAUCAACGCACUCACCCAGCAAACCCACUCGAUCGAGCCGACCUAUAAGGCCAUCCAGCAGAAGCAAGCCCAGUGUUCCGGCACCGCCGCCGCCGCGACGGCCCUUAAUCCGCAGUUGAUGAACAAUAAUUUCAUGCAUUCGAACGCCCAGCAGCAACACCAGACGCAACAGCCGUACUAUCCGCAGGGCAACGCGAUCGUGACGUACCAGCAGUACCAUGCGCAGCAGCAGCAAGCCCUUGCCGCCGAGCAGUACUACCAGCAGCAGCACUACGCCCUGCAGCAACAGCAGGCGGCCGCCAAUUAUUCGCCGUACGGUUGUGCGCCCGGCGCUGGCGGUCCGUCGUAUCCCUCGCCGGCGUACGUCAAGUCUCCGCAGCAGGAGGAGUCACAACCGGGCGGUGCCAAGUCCCGUAGUCUCGAGCGAAACGUGGGCCAGAACAUUGUGUCGGCGUACGCCGCCCGUAUCAACUCGCUGGAGCGUACGCGCCAAAUGAGCAUGGAGUACGGUGGUGGCGGCGGCGGCUCCGGUGGUGGCGGAUCGGCCAAAGCCAUGCGUUCCAACUCUCUCACGCGCCAGUACAGUGGAGGAACUCAGUCCGAUCUCUACCCAGGCGUUGGGCACGGGGUUCGUUCCGCCAGCCUGGAACGGGGAGCGCCUGGUCCGCCGGGAAGCUACAUGGCCCGUAUGGGAAGCCUGGAGCGCAAUCAGCACCAGCAACAGCAGCAGCAGCAACAGCAGCAACAGCAGCAGUCGUCGCAAUCGAUCUUCCUGAACUCGAUCAAGGGCGGCAGCCUGGAGCGCAAUCAGUCGGCCGCGAUCGUGAGCGAUAUGAUAAGCGGCGGCAAGAUGGCGUACAAGGGUGGCAGCCUGGAGCGCAACCAGCACAUCCUGAUGAGCCGGGGCGGUGGCGGGAGCCUGGAGCGCAACAUGCCGUUCCAGAACUACCGCAGCCCGGUGGCGGCCGCCCCGAAGGAGCAGGAACCGUUUCAGGAGGAAAUUUACGAUUUUGGCGGAGUGAACGUUAAGUCGUGCGCAUCGAUCGCGCUGAAGAAGAGCGUCGAGAAGGGUAUGCUGCCGCCCAGCUCGUUGGCCGUUUCACCCGGUCUACCGACGGGCGGGGCCAACUUUGCCCUACCGCCACCGUACAGUUCCGCUGCGAAGCAACAACAGGGAACACCGCAGAGGGCUCACUGGGGCGUGCCGGCGGCCAUCCAUCAGCAGCAGCAAAUGUACGCACAACAAGCCAUGAACCCGGGAAGUGGUAUGCUGUUGUCGCAGGGUCAGGUCCCUGGUCCCUCGGGGCCCAUUAUAGGCAUUGCGUCCUCGCAGCAGGUACAGAUCCCGAUGAAGAUCUCCCACAGCCAAACGAUCGCCCAGCAAGCGCAACCAGCGCUUGGUCCGCAGAUGGCCAGCUCGAUCGCACAGCCACCGGUUGGACAUUCGGUGGCCGAACCGGCGCCGGCGGCCAUGGGCCAGACUCAACAGCAGCAACCAGUGCCACAGAUCCAGGAAACGCAACAGAACCUCGAGGAGAAGCUGCGCAAACAGCAACAGGAGAGCGAAAUCGAUUCCAAGUGGCUGCAGCAGGAGGAAAACAAUCUGAAGAAGCGGCUCAGUCUGAUAACGGCGGCCGCUGGCAAUAUGUCCCUCGAGCAGCAGCAGCAACAGUGCGGUGUAGCGGUUCCCCCGGACGGUGGUGGCACACCUCCGGUUAAUGGUGGCGGUUCGUCUUCGCUCUCCGGCAGCUACCAUUCGCAGCAAAGUCCACACUUUUCACCCCAGAACACCAUGUCCGGGCCGCAAAGCUUGGGUGACCACUACCCCACCACACCGAAUACGACCGAUUCGAGGCCACACACACCCGGUUCCGGUGGUGGAAUGAUCAAAUCGAAAAGUUCAUCGAUGGAACGGUGCACUACGCCGCAGUCGGGUGAUGAGAAGUUUGCGGUGAAGAAGGUGGAACCGACCAAGACCAUGCCGCUCGAUCGGACGAACGAUAUGGUGUACAACGCGACCACGAGCGUGGUCAAGUCGAUUAUGGCACUCAGCCAGGGCGUCGAUAGAGCGCAGGCACCCGAGUAUCUGAAUCUAGUCCGCAACGUUGGCAUCGAGCUGAGGGCACUGCUGGGAGCGGUCGAUCAACUGUCGACCAACUUUCCGGCGCAGUGUCACAAGGAGGUGGAAAUGGCGCACAAAGUAUUAUCCAAAGACAUGCACGAGCUGGUGACGGCCAUGCGGCUGGCCCAACAGUACAGCGAGACAACGCUUGACGCCGAUUACCGAAAGAGCAUGCUGGCAGCGGCCCACGUGCUGGCGAUGGAUGCGAAAAAUUUGCUCGAUGUGGUCGAUUCAAUUCGCGUCCGCUAUCCGACCCUCUUCCAGCGACAAACGAGCGUCCCGGGAAGUCCUACCCAGCGGCAGCACCAAGGCAGCACUUCCGCUUCCGGCAACUCGACCACCACCGCCUAUCCGUCCACCGUCCAGCCCGCGUUUGUCCAGCAGCAUUCCUUCGACCACCAGUCGCUCCUGAUGGGGCCCGGUGGCGAGUGCUACCAGAAUCUGCAACCAAAGCAUCAGCUGCUGGCCCACAGCUCACCGCCAACAUCACUCACACAUUCCUACGAAGCGACAGCACCAUCGGCGACGACAGCCGCACCGACCCUCACGUACGUUGGUCAGCAGCAGAGCGGUAUCUACGACAAUGAGUGCAUCAUAAGUCAGCAGCCGGUGCCGCCGCCCGGGCAGGAGGUGGGCAGGUUGAAAAAACCGGUCAUCGCGGCCAAACCACCGGCGGUCGUGGCGAUGGCAUCGGUAAAGCUGAAACCUGUCGCUGCUGUCGACCCAUCCGCCGGCAGCACCGAGGGCUGCGAGAUGUACUCCAAUACGGGUGCCGUCCCUGGGACGGACAUUAAGCUUCCCGAUCCCGUAUCGUGUACGAUCGUGCAAGAGAAUCUGCUCGCCGCCAACAACCAGAAAGUGAUGGCAACGAAUAAACUGUGAACGGUGGCCACUGCGAAUGUUAGAUGGGUGAGAACUCGGAUCUCGAGAACUCGAGCGCAGUGAGCGAGAACGCACUACGUUACCUUCACCGUUGCCAGGGUAUAUGUUGUGGUAAGAGUUGUGUUCGGUUCGGUUUAUGUACCGGAAGCGGAGAAAGCGACCUUUUUUCUACUGUUUCACCUCCAUAUACUCAUGUUCUUCUCGAUUGUGUAGCCAAUGAAAAUUCGGAAAAUGAAAAUAGCCAAAGUAUAGAGACAGAGAAAAAUUACGCAGCACAGUGGACGAAAACGAAACUACAUUCUAAUCCGCUUGAAACGCACGGGCGCUUGAUUGUUAGAAGCUAAAGAGGACCGACAAGCUGUGGCUCGAAGUUUUCGAUUCAGGGAGCGAAAGAUAAGAAGUGACACGGAUUCCAGUUUGGUGGAACGAUGGUAGGUCAAAAUUAUAAUACAGAGUGGCAAAUUAAACCAUUAAAGUACCAUAAAUGUAAGCACAAAGUGGUCGGACAAGGGCAAACAGAGAUGAUACGGCAAGUUGUGUAGUAUGGUUUUAAAUAAAAUUGAACAAAACAACUGUCAGCUAAACGGAUCCAGCGCUCUGACGGCUUUGUGGGGUCGGUCCGCCUCGGUUGGGUGUCAUUUCGCUUGCAGACUGGUAGA